AUUUGGAAGAAAGCAACGUUAUGCGUAUCUGCCCACUUUCGCCUUCACAACGCGCAUAAAUGCAGGCUCCAUAUGCUGCUUCCGAUGCAUCACAGAAGAUAGUAUCUGGAACAUACUCGUCCCAACCAGCUUUCUGCAACCAUAAUUCCUGCAUCAUCAUCUUGGCCCGAAUGACAAUCGGGGAGAUCAGGCCCAGCGGAUCGAACAUGCGAGCUACGUUAGAUAGAAUGGAUCGCUUUGUCGGAAUGGACACAUCACUGGAUAUUGCGGAUUCGAAAGAUAAAACGUCAUGCUCUGGCUCCCAUGAAACACCAAGAGCCUUUACCGUCUCGUGUGGUAAGAAUUGCCGCGCUGACUGUGUGCCGAUUUGAUCCGCAUUUAAACCGGCGAGCACCUCGAGCUGAUUGGAUGUCCACUUUCGCAGCUCGAAGCCGCCUUUGGCGAGCAAUUGAGAAAGCUCGAUUCGUAACUGGCGAGCAUUUUCGAUGGAAUCAGCACCACCGAUGAAAUCGUCAACGUAGAAAUUAGUUUUCAAAGCAGCUGAAGCAUUGGGACAAGAGUCGCCCUCAUCGUUUGCAAGCUGCAGCAAUGUUCUGGUUGCUAAGAAUGAUGAGGGGGCUAAGCCAUAGGUAACUGUAUUCAGCUCAAAAUAUUCGAUUGGCGAGUGAGGCGAAAAUCGAAAGCAAAUGCGUACAAAUUUCCGGUCGUUAGGAUGAAGCAAUACUUGUCGAUACAUUUUCGCAAUAUCUCCAACAACGGCUACUUUAUAUGUGCGGAAGCGCAAAAUUAUGUCGAGCAGAUCGUCCUGCACGACAGGACCGACACAUAACGCAUCGUGUCGGAAGCGAAAAGCCGGUGGACGUCUUAGCUGAACCAUCAAAUACCACGCGAACCUUUGUUGUGGAGCUAGCGGCUUUGAACACGGGAUGGUGAGGCAGAUAAUACGCGCGUUCGUCGU